CAGUAAAUCUAAGCGACUUGCAGGUUUGCUGGAGCAAAGCAGAGACCGCCGAAUAAAAAACGAAGCACCCACUGCGGAUACGACAAAGACACUGGUUUUAGAGCGAGAACAGAGGCUCCUGGUUCUAGGACUUGGCAUUCACUUGAGCGUACUUCGUAAAAAAGAUUAUUCUACAAAGAUUGAUUGACGUUUCACAUGAAAGAAUGAGGAAGCAUUCUGUCUCGUGGGCGGCAUCUAAAUGAUAAGGGAAUUGUAGUUGGUUUUUGAAGCUGAACUUGGUGGCCAUCUAAGUAACAGCUCUUGAAAGUUGGAGCCGCUACAAAGUAAUGCAUUGAGGAUCAUUUUUGCUUUAAGGUCUAUUGAUCUUUGUGUUUCAGUAGAUAGCAGCACAAGAUGGGCAGCAAGGUAGAAGCCUGUAUGGAUUGCACUCAAAGAUGCUUACAGCUUCAUAGAAAGGCAAAUAGUUUAUCGUCUGUGACCUCGUUCUUCAAAGUUAUGUUUGGCGAUCUGUUUUCCCAAGCUUUGUACUUCCCACCCAUGUUUGCUGCUACAGUGCCGAUGUUGGCAAAUAAAAAGGUUGUUCUUGAGGAUUCACUAGGACAACAAUGGAAGGUAACAGUUUCCGAUUGUGAAGGAUCUCUUGCUUUUAAAAAAGGGUGGAGCGCUUUUUCAUCAGAGCAUAGCUUAGAAAUUGGAGAUUUUGUGAUCUUCAAUCAUAUCAUGGAUCUGCACUUUAAAGUCAGUAUUUACACUAAAACUGGUUGUGAAAAAGUAGAGUUUGCUAAAAGAGGCAAUAUGAGGAAAAGAACUCGAAGUACUUAUCCUGUACUUGAGAAAACUAAUGAAGGUUUGAAAAAUCCACAAGCGUCAGGCACCUCUGUGGGUUCUGGAUCUAAUGUGGCACUAUCUCAAGAUAAAUGUAACAUGACUAGUUCUCAAAACGUGAAUGUGAACCGAGACAAAAGGCCAAAGUACCAGAGUCAUGAUGAAUGCCACAAACCUCUAUGUAAAACCGAAAUUUUUGAUGAUUCUUACAAUUUCAUCAAUCAAAACAAGGAUGUGGGACUAGAGGAAAAUAGAAGCCCCUUAGUUGACUUGUUUUCCAUGGAAAUACCAGGAACUGAGAAUGCCACAAAUAAAGUUGCUGUGGAUGAGUUAAAUCCUAACUGUGCUUCCACGUUACAGAAAGCUACAAUUGAUGUCCACCCGGUUGUCAAUGCUGAAGUUUUGCCAUUUCCUUUGAAUAUAUCUGCUAAUGAGAUUAUUGAGAAAAGUCAAUGUUUUGAGGAGGCUGAUAGAAAUAUAAGUGGCUCUGAUAAUGAUUCUUGCCAUGAUAAGACUAUCGAGGUUCCUUUUGUUACGUCUGCAACAAAUUCUGAUAGAAACAUGGAGCAUUUUUGUGAUACACCAUUAAAAGAUGUAGUGGACUGCCAGAAUGUACCACCAAUAUACUGCACGCCAUCGACAAUUACAAGACAUGAUCAGGAGCCUCAUCAGAAACAUACUUUUCCAACCGACUAUUCCCAUAGUGCAAAACAUGAGUACACUCCAAUUUCCGUGGAGGUUCAAAAUUUUCUACAUGGGGACAUGCCAAAGAUCGUUAAACAGGAACCAUUGGAAAUUAUCACAGAAGUGGACAAACAUGAAGACUUGAUUAAACAAAUAUGGGAGCCAAAAUUCAUUAAGGAGGAGUUCCUUGAGAAGUCUAACAAAAUUGGUAGAGAUGGUAAUGAUGUCACUAAUAAUGCAAUUCCAGCCCAUAUAUCCUGUAUAGUGGCUAAAGAUACUCCAUCUUUUCUGGAACUUCCGACAAGUUUGCAGUUGUCGUGUUCGAGAGGCAGGAGAAAUCCAGAGAAGAAGAGGCUAGUGUUUCUUCGGGAUCCCAGGAAGAGAUUGUGGCCGAUGCUUUACCAUGAGAUGCCUAAUGUCCAAGUUCUAACUAGUGGGUGGGAAGCUUUCUGCUCUGUGAAUCAAAUCGAACCUGGGGACGAGUGUUUGUUUCAUCUCGAGGACGAGCCCGAGCGCAUAUAUCAAGUUAGCAUUAGGAAAUGUAAGAACUAGCUGUAUUUACAUUAUUCCAAAACUCCUCUACCUUUUGGUUGCGUACUCGAAUCUUUUGGUAAAUAGAGUACUAGUCUGGUGGAAACUCUUACAGUGUAAAAUUUGGAGAAAAUCAUGUUUGAUUGCUAAAUUAGUUUGCGAAAAAAACUUGCCCCUCCUAGCUUAAUAAGUUUUUGUUGACA